GGCCUUUUCCACAGAGGAAAAGGAAUUGUAUUUUAUGUCCGCUAUCCAGAACCUCCACUCUUUCGACCCCUUUGCUGAUGCAAGUAAGGGUGAUGAUCUGCUUCCCGCUGGCACUGAGGAUUAUAUCCAUAUAAGAAUUCAACAGAGAAAUGGAAGGAAGACCCUUACUACUGUCCAAGGGAUCGCUGAUGAUUACGAUAAAAAGAAACUAGUGAAGGCAUUUAAGAAGAAAUUUGCCUGCAAUGGUACUGUAAUUGAGCAUCCAGAAUAUGGAGAAGUGAUUCAGCUACAGGGUGACCAGUGCAAGAACAUAUGCCAGUUCCUUGUAGAGAUUGGAUUGGCUAAGGACGACCAGCUGAAUGUUCAUGGGUUUUAAGUGCUUUUGGCUCACUGAAGCUUAAGUGAGGAUUUCCUUG